AUGUGGGAUGAAACUGUAGCUGGACCUAAGCCAGAGCAUGGCCUUGGCCGCCUCCGUAACAAGUUCAACGCCCAACCCAUUGACAUCAAAGGUGUAGGAGAAGGGAGCAGCAGCAAGGCUAUGCCAGCUGCGGCGGGGAGUCCAGGAACUCCAACGACGCCAGGAUCGGCACGUAAAGAGAACGUGUGGAGGAGUGUGUUUCAUCCAGGAAGUAACAUCGCCACCAGAGGAAUGGGUACUAAUCUCUUCGACAAGCCCUCUCACCCAAACGCUCCCACCGUCUACGACUGGUACAGCUGUACAGCGACGAUACUAGGAGCCAGCACCGUUGAACCGAGAGUAAGGAGUGACAUGCCUGUGAUGUAG